AUGGAGGCGCACGCAAUAGGCUUUGUUUUCAGCCACAACUCACCGACUGAUAAUUGGUGCAUGAUAGCGCAAUGGAACCCCAGACAAGCUGAGGACUCGUCAGGGAGUCUACUGCGCACCGCUCCUGACGAGGCACGCCAGGCUAAUGAUUUGUAG